AUGGCCCUGGAGCAGGUGCUGCUGGCCGCCCGGCAGGGAGCCGUGGACUCUCUGAGGGCGCUGCAGGAGGCCGGCCUGCUGCGGCCCGAGCUGCGGGACCCGCUGGACGCGCUGGCCGUGCACCACGCUGCCCGCGCAGGAAAGCUCCACUCCCUGCGCUUCCUGGUGGAGGAGGCCGCGCUGCCCGCCACCGCCCGGGCCCGCAACGGGGCCAGCCCGGCCCACGACGCCGCCGCCACCGGACAUCUGGCCUGUCUGCAGUGGCUGCUCACCCAGGGCGGCUGCGGGGCGCAGGACAAGGACAAUUCUGGUGCCACUGUUUUGCAUCUGGCCGCCCGGUUUGGCCACCAUGAGAUAGUGGACUGGUUGCUGCGCUUUGGGGAGAGCGACCCCACCCUGGCCACAGACACCGGGGCCUUGCCAAUCCACUACGCCGCAGCCAAAGGAGAUCUCCCUUCCCUGCGACUCCUCGCAGGGCACUACCCAAAUGGAGUGAGUGCCCAGACCAAGAAUGGUGCCACACCCCUCUACCUUGCCUGCCAGGAGGGCCACCUGGAGGUGACGCAGUACCUGGUGCAGGAGUGCGGGGCAGACCCCCACGUGCGCUCCAACGAUGGCAUGACGCCGCUCCAUGCUGCUGCCCAGAUGGGUCACAACACCAUCAUCGUCUGGCUGGUGAGCUGCACGGACGUCAGCCUCUCGGAGCAGGAUGACGAAGGGGCGACGGCCAUGCACUUCGCUGCCAGCCGGGGCCAUGCCAAGGUGUUGAGCUGGCUGCUUCUGCACGGCGGUGAGAUCACCACCGACCUGUGGGGUGGGACACCCCUGCACGAUGCAGCUGAGAAUGGGGAGCUGGAGUGCUGCCAGGUGCUGGUGGUGAACGGCGUGCAGCUGGGCAUACGGGACCGGGAUGGCUACACGGCCGCUGACCUCUCCGACCUCAACGGGCAUGACCACUGCACCCGAUACUUGCGCUCUGUUGCCAACAUGAGCGUGGAGCACCGCGUCGUGUCACCAGACCCAGCUGCCGAGCUGGAGGCCAAGCAGCCCGACUCGGGCAUGUCCUCACCCAACACCACCGUGUCAGCCCAGCCCCUGCCCUUCCGCCCCAGCUCACCCACCAGCACCCUCUCCAACUACGACUCCUGCCCUUCCAGCCAGUCCAGCACCGGGGAGAAGCCCCCGACAGGGCUCCAGAACCCCACCAGCACUGACAUGCAGAACUACAUGGACAUGCUCAACCCGGAGAUCAACCCACAUGAGACCAAGAAGGGGGGCCUGGCUGCACCCCCUCCCCCACCCAGCUUUCCCCCCCCACCUCCUCCACCCCCCAGUGCCGAACUGCCCCCUCCCCCUCCCGGUUACCCAGCCCCCCGACCCCCCAACGGGCAGCCCACGGCGGACAUCUAUGUACAGGCGAAGAACAGUCUGCGUCACAUCGAAAGCCAGGUCCUGAAGAGGGAGCUGAGCUCCCGCGACGCCGGCCAGGACGGGCUGCGCAGGGUGGACUCGGGGCGGAAAUCGCGCACCUUUGGGAAGCAGCCCAGCACCGGGGACUAUUACCGCCAGCUGGGCCUCGCUCCCGGGGAGCCGCUGGUAGCCCGCGCGGGGAUGGCGCACAGCGAGGAGACGGCCCUGCUCUCCGGAAACCCAGGGCACAACGGCAGCGUGGCGGAGCGCAAGCCGUCGAGGGAGCGGGAGCUGCCGUCGAGGGAGCGGGAGCUGCCGCCGCCGCCGCCUCCGCCGCCGCUGCCCGAGGCCCCGUGCGCCCCGGCCCCGACUCCGGCCCCGGCCCUGCCCGCCGACGGGACCGGCCCCGUCUGCAGCCAGCGCCGCUCCUCCUCCUCCACAGGCAAAGUGAGAGCUUUGAGGCGCAGGAAGAGUACCAAGUCCUUCAACAUGAUGUCCCCGACGGGCGACAACUCGGAGCUGCUGGCGGAAAUCAAGGCGGGCAAGAGUCUGAAGCCCACGCCGCAGAGCAAGGGGCUGACCACCGUGUUCUCGGGCAGCGGGCAGCCCUCCUCCCUGGUACGACCCGGCCCGCCCCGUCCACUCGCUGCGGGCCUGGCCUCCCCGAGCCCGACUCCGCCCGCCCCCGAGCCGGUCCUCAACGGCGGCGUCCCGCUUCUGGCCCCGGAGCCGAGCGCGCAGCUGGACAUCGAGGCCCUGAUCCCCACGUACGACGAGCAGGGACGUCCCAUCCCCGAAUGGAAGCGGCAGGUCAUGGUGCGGAAGCUGCAGCUGAAGAUACAGGAGGAGGAGGAGCAGCGGCGCAAGGAGCAGGAGGAGGAGGCGCGCCUGGCCAGCAUGCCGGCCUGGAGAAGAGACAUCCUGCGGAAGAAACUGGAGGAGGAGAGGGAGCAGAAACGAAAAGAGGAGGAAACUCUGAGGAAAGAAGAGGAGCGGAAGGAGAAGGAGCAGUCAGAAAAACUCAGGACUCUUGGGUAUGACGAGACCAAACUAGCGCCCUGGCAGAGACAGAUAAUCCUGAAGAAAGGAGACAUAGCGAAGCACUAGGAGCCGGACGGACUGCACCUCUCUCUCCCUUGCCCCCCAUUUCUGAGUCUCCCGUCCCUCCCUGAGCUCCUCAUCUACACCACCUGCUCAUUCGGAGGCGGCUGGAACGGGUGGAGACGCUGGGGUCUGAGACGCCCCCCAGCCCCGCCAUCCUAACCUCCACCCCAUUAAUGCACUAACAGUGACCGUUCCUCGCUAAAGCGCUUUUGUCCGCUUCUCUCCGCCGACUUUCUUCCCGGAGCGCUUAGUUGUAACACCAACGCGCUGCCGCUCAACAGAAGAGCCGGAGCCUUUGACUCCGAACUAAGUGACGCUGAUUCGCAUGGUAGUUUGCAUACAGUUUGAAAGUUCCUUUUCUGUCGCGGCGUGUACACCCAGCCUCUUCUUCCCGCCCCUCCCCAGCCCCGUCCUUUUUCGUUUUUCCUCAAUGGCACUGAAAAAUUGCUGGGUGAACUCAGCCUUGGGCUAUCCGGAAGCUGCGAAGGGGUUUUUCUCAAGUGGAAUCUGACCUAAAUCCACCUCUCCCCUCCCCCGCAUUAUACCGUCAUCUCCGCUCCCGCUCCCCGUCGGGUGCCUCGCCACCCCCUCCCCGCAACUCCCCGUUCAUCCCCAGCUUCGAUCACUAUCUCUCUUUCUCGCGCGCGCUUGCUUCCUCAGUCAUUUGUUUACCAGAAGCUGAAGAUUUACCACCCUUUUCCUCCACCGCUCCUCCUCCUCCUCUCCCUCCCCUUCCUCUCCCUUCUUCUACUUCUUCCCUCUUCUCUCC